AUGGCCGAAGAGGGAGACGGCAGCAGGAACGGGGGGGCAGCCAAGCACCAGAAGAGCUACUUCGACGUUCUGGGACUCUGCUGCACCUCCGAGGUCCCCCUCGUGGAAAAGAUCCUGCGGUCUCUGGAGGGGGUCAUCUCCGUGACAGUUAUCGUCACAUCCAGGACGGUCAUCGUCGUCCAUGAUGGCGCCCUCGUUUCUCAGACCCAGAUAGGUGAUGCAUCCCGAACCCAGCUUUCUAUUCAUUAGCACCUUCUUCUUCUUCUUCGUCUGCCUGCGAUGGUUGCCCUAGGUGAACUCACUCACGUUCUGGUUCGCUCUGAUCAGUGAUAGCCCUGAACGAGGCGAGGCUGGAAGCGACCGUCCGGGCAUACGGCGAGAACAGGGGAGUCCGGCACUGGCCGAGCCCUUACACAGUCGCCUGCGGCGUGUUGCUGAUGGUUUCGUUCCUGAAGCCGGUCUACCGUCCUCUUCAAUGGCUGGCCGUGGCGGCAGUGGCGGCCGGCCUCCCCCCGAUCCUCCUCCGGGCCUUCGCCGCCAUCCGGAGGUUCACGCUCGACGUCAACAUCCUCAUGCUGAUUGCAGGUAUCUCAGCUCUUGGGGAAUCAACCUGCCGAGAAUCAAAACUGCACGAUCCGUUUUCUACCUGAUAAGAGCUCCGAGGAUCACUGGGAUGAGCCCUCCGUUUUCUUUUUCUUUUCUUUUUUUCUGUUCAACGGUUGCUAGGGUUUUAACGUAUUUGGCCGCCCAGCCAAAAAACCGUCUCCUCCCAACGAGCGCAUGGGUAGGGGAUGGCACGCAAGGUGGUUGCUUCGUCCUCAACUGGCGACUAACUCCGUGGUUAUUUUUGCUGAUUUUAACAGUCGGCGGGUCUAUUGCCCUAAGAGACUACUGGGAAGCCGCCACCAUCGUCUUCCUCUUCACCAUAGCCGAAUGGUUGGAGUCCAGAGCCAGCUACAAGGUCUUUCUCUCUCUCUCUCUCUCCCAGUGAGGUGGGGCGGAAACGAAAUGAAAGGAUAUGCAGUGACGCAACAUCCGUUACGUGGUGACCUUGAUUUUUGUUGGCUCUGCCUAGAACUAGUGACCCCGUCCCUGUCGGUUGAUCCAGGCGGCUCAAGUCGAUUAGGCUUGUCGCAACAUGUGGGUUUGAUGGCCUCCGUUGACCCAUCAUCAAUCCCCGGCCACAGUAGUAGAAACGUGGGAAGCUCCCAACUUGGCGGGGCUGGCCUUGUCAAAAAAAUCGUGGGACGCCCAUGGGCGGAACACUCGCACCUCCCCCCGGAACGGCCUGCUUCGCGAAGGCCAUUUUUUAAUUUCUUUUCUAAGGAAGACUAAGCCCAAGCUCCGCAGGCCACGGUCGUGAUGUCGGCACUUAUGAGCAUGGCCCCACAGAAGGCCGUGCUGGCGGAGACGGGCGAGGUGGUCAACGCGAAGGAUGUCGAGGUCAACACCAUCCUCGCCGUCAAGGCCGGGGAGCUGAUCCCUAUCGACGGUGUCGUCGUUGAUGGGCGCAGCGAGGUGGAUGAGGGCACCCUGACGGGGGAGUCCUUCCCCGUCCCCAAGCAUCCCCUGUCCCAAGUCUGGGCCGGCACCCUCAACAUCAACGGUGAGCCAUCUCCGCGUUGACCUCUUCUUGAGGAUUCGACGAACUAACCCUGGUCACCGCUCCCGCAGGUUACGUCGCCGUAAGAACCACUGCCUUGGCCGAGAACUCAGCCGUGGCGAAGAUGACGAAGCUGGUGGAGGAGGCCCAGAACAGCAGGUCCAGGACCCAAAGGAUCAUUGACUCCUGCGCCAAGUACUACACCCCCGGUGAGGUUCCCACAGGGAGUUUCCUUCGGCCGGCGGCACUUGACGCGGGGGCUGGCUCUCUGCUGACAUUAUACUCGGAUCUGUCCUUGUCGCAGCGGUUGUGCUGGCAGCAGCCCUCGUCGCCGUCGUUCCUACAGCAGUCAGGGCCAACAACUUGAAGCACUGGCUCCGCAUGUCGCUGGUUCUCCUGGUGAGCGUGUGCCCUUGCGCGCUGGUGCUCUCCACCCCCGUGGCCACCUUCUGCGCCCUCACGAAGGCAGCUAAGAGCGGGGUGCUGGUCAAGGGAGGGGACAUUCUCGAGGCCCUGGCGAACACCAGGGUCGUCGCCUUCGACAAGACGGGAACCCUCACCAGAGGACAGUUCACCGUGGUGGAGUUUCGGGCGAUCGGGAAAUCCCCCGGCAUGCACUCUCUUCUUUAUUGGUGAGUGAACAAAGAGGUCGCCGGUGCAAUUAUCGGCUUCCCCAGAGAGUGGUUCUUCUCACCUGUUUGAUCUUGCAGGGUGUCAAGCGUCGAGAGUAAGUCGAGCCACCCGAUGGCAGCUGCGCUCGCCGAUUACGCGCGCUUCAGUUCCAUCGAGCCGAGACCGGAGAAUGUGAAGGAGUUCCACAUGUAUCCCGGAGAAGGGAUCUACGGGGAGAUCGACGGGCAUCAGAUAUACGUUGGCAACCAGAGAAUCGCUGCUCGGGCGGGGUGCGCAGCAGGUUGAAGAAGACGAUCUCUACCUUUUGAAAAAUGGCCUAUUCGUAUUCUGUUUUUUUUAAUCCCCAACCUAACGGAUUUUUGGAUCUGCAGUUCCGGAGGAGGUCGAGAUGGAGAUGAAAGGGACGACGGUCGGGUACGUCUUCUCCGGUGGGGUACCCAUCGGAGUAUUCAGCCUCUCUGACACUUGCCGGACUGGCGCCGCGGAGGCGGUUAUAGGGUUGAAGCGCAUGGGCAUUAAGACGGCGAUGCUCACCGGCGACAGCAAGGCCGCCGCCAUGUCCGCACAAAACCAGGUAAGAUAUUCAUAUACAUUAUAUAAAAAAUGUCUUUUUUCUACUACUAUAACGUCCCGCCCUGCUAUCCGCCCGCAGAUGGGUGACGCCCUGGACAUGGUCCACGCUGAGCUCCUGCCGGAGGACAAGGUCAACAUAGUGAGGAACCUCAAGGUCAAAGAGGGCUCCAUUGUGAUGGUCGGAGACGGAAUGAACGACGCCCCCGCGCUGGCUGCAGCGGACGUGGGCAUCUCCAUGGGGAUAUCGGGGUCCGCCAUCGCCAUGGAGACGAGCCACGUCACCCUCAUGUCCAACGAUGUCCGUAAGAUCCUCGACGCCAUCCGCCUGGGGAGGAGGACCCAUCGCAAGGUCGUCCAAAACAUCGUCAUGUCGGUGGUCACCAAGGCCGCCAUCAUCGCACUGGCCUUCGCGGGACGCCCGCUCUUGUGGGCCGCCAUCCUCUCCGACGUCGGCACCUGCCUCCUGGUCAUCUUCAACAGCAUGCUCCUGCUGAACUCCAGCCGGAGAAAGAAAAGCAGAUGCUGCGGCUCCUCACACAAGAUGCACUCCAGCAGGAAUGGCGUCCAUCGUCACCACGCCGGCGGGAACUGCUGUUCUGGUGUCCACGGCCUUGCGACAGAGGCAGCAACGCCCGUUGGGAAGUGCUCCGGCGACGGUGCCCAUCAUCACCGCCGAGAUGAGCCCUGCCAUACCCACAGCCACGGAUUCCUUGACGACCACCGUCACCACCACAAUCACCAUGAUGGGCAUCAUCACCAUGGCCACCCAGACUGCCAGGUCUCAGAGGACGACGGGAGAAAAGAAAGCCACUCCAUCUCUAUGAGCACCGUGGAAGGCGGCCGCGAGAACUGCUGCGCACCGACGGCGGCCCGAGACCUGCACCACAGCCACUGUUCCGGCGAAGAGAGGCUGGCGGUGCACUUCAAGAUGGACAAAGGGGAACGGCGGAGCCUCCACGCCGCGUGCGACGAGGCCGUCGUGUGCACGGCGACGUGCCACUCCCAUCACUCCUGCCGCGAUUUCCGGAAGCGACCGGUACCAGUCUGCUGCCAGAGCUUCUGCGGCAGCCUCUACUCGAGCGGCUGCGAGAGGGAUUUUUGCUGCGUGGCCAGCGGCGGCGGUGGCGGCCUGCCACAGCUCAAGGAGAUCCUCACCGAGUAUUAA